ACCUGGACAGGAUAUGCGCGCAGACCAGUGUCGUUUAACGUAGGACCUGCGCAGACUGUUAAACGUCUGCGUGAUAUGAAUGCACCCAGACUGUUUACGCAUUCUCCUUGUUUUGCUUCCUGAUGUGGCUUUGCCUAAACAACUGCUGUAUGUAUACUGCAUUGUGCAAGUUUGGUUUCGUUAAACCCCUGUGCUUAACAUCUUCCCCCUGCCCUCUGUCCUGGAGCGCUGGCCACUGAGUUUACCGCCCCUUCAGUGAUACUAAAAGAAGCUCGAUUUGUAUCUCCAUGUGCUCCCCCUGGGUUUGGCCUUUGCAGCUGCUGCAGGAGGAAAGUGUGAACUCCGCUCUCCCGGACUGGUUGUGUCAAUUCUUGUAUUCGUGGUGGCUUUUGUUGCCCCUCAUUAUGUUGCUGGUAGUUGCUGCUUUCAUCGUGGCCUUCGUACUUCUGCUGUACAUGGUCUCACCGUUGAUUAGCCCCAAACCUCUCAAAUUAAACGGGGCCCAUGUAGUGGUAACGGGAGGCUCCAGUGGUAUUGGUAAAUGUAUUGCUAUUGAGUGUUACAAGCAAGGUGCUUUUAUAACUCUGGUGGCACGAGAUGAGAGCAAACUGCUACAAGCGAAAAAGGAGAUUGAAAAACAUGCUAUUAAUGACAAACAGAUAGUACUGUGCAUUUCUGUUGAUGUGUCCAAGGAAUAUGUUCAAGUUGAAAAUGUCAUUAAGCAAGCACAGGAAAAACUGGGGCCAGUUGACAUGCUAGUGAACUGUGCUGGGAUAACAGUGGCUGCAAAGUUUGAAGAGGUUGAAGUGGAUUGCUUCAAGAGGUUGAUGGAGGUCAAUUACCUGGGCAGUGUGUAUCCAACAAGGGCAGUGAUUCCCAUUAUGAAGGAGAGGAGGAUGGGAAGGAUCAUGUUUGUGUCCUCACAGGCUGGGCAGCUAGGCCUGUUUGGGUACACCGCUUAUUCACCAUCCAAAUUUGCCCUUCGUGGAUUGGCUGAAUCCCUGCAGAUGGAGAUAAAACCUUACAAUAUUUACGUAACAGUAGCUUAUCCACCAGACACUGACACUCCUGGGCUUGCAGAAGAGAAUAAAACCAAGCCAUUGGAGACCAAAUUGAUCUCUGAAACAUCUGGCCUUUGUCAACCAGAGCAAGUCGCUAAAGUGAUGGUUAAAGAUGCUGUGCAAGGUAAUUUCAACAGUUCAGUGGGUCCAGAUGGCUAUAUGCUUUCCGCACUGACCUGCGGGAUGUCACCUGUCACUUCUAUCACUGAAGGACUUCAACAGAUCGUCACCAUGGGGCUUUUCAGGACGAUUGCUCUGUUUUAUCUGGGAAGCUUUGACAGCAUUGUUCGCCGCUGCAUGAUCCAGAGAGAACAGUUAAAAAAAACAGACAAGACUGAAUAAAUAAUCUCGUCUGGGACCUCUGUUGGAGAUCUGGAGUACACUUGUCAGAGUGGCAACAUCCCCCAGCCCUCCAACGCAUUAGGAGAGUUACUGGUGAUUGUACUCCUGAGAAGCAAUGAGGGACACUGAAAAUGAAUUGCAUUCACUGGGAAGUACUGGUGCCAAAGAAAUGCAAAUAUAAGGGGAAAGGCAUUGCUGUGCAGCAUUAUUUUGAUCCAUGCUGGUGCACCAGUUUUGUUUUUUUGUGUGUGUGAAUUGUUUUUCUGGUUAUAGUAUUUUUGUUUUUUGGUCUGGUAUUUUGUUAUGGUUUAUUUGAUCUUGUCUUCUACUGAAUAUCAGUCCCAAGGCAUUCCAAGAACUUAUAGAACAACUUGGUAGGAGUAUGAAAUAUCAGUCUUUAUCCUAGCUAAUAUAUUAUUAUAUAUAUUCAUUUUGCAUUAUUUUCUGUUCGUCAUCACAUACGGGUGACUUUUUAAUAUUUAGAAGCCAAAGCAUCAUGACUGCCUUCCAUGUUCAUCUGAAACAUCAGGGUGUAAACAUUACCCUCCUACAACAUCCAAGUUGCUUUGGGAACAUCCAACAUGUACUAUACAUUCCAUAAUGAUAAUGAAUGCUUUAAAAAAGCAUGAUAUCUUACAAUUAACAUUUGGGGGAUUUUUCCAAGUCCCUUGUAGAGUGUUACUUGGCCAGACCACCUACCUACCUAUCGACCAUACAGUAGUGAAUGUUGCUAAUAAACUGUCCUAUUGUAAACACUAUUAACAUGCUGUAAGGAUUUUUUAUGUCUGUUUUGGAUGAAUCACAUGUUUGUCUCCCCAGGCAACUGUUCUCCCCAGCGGAUAUUGUUUUAAGUGCAGCCAUGCAGGUAGAUAAUUUUAGCUUUGAAAUGAUAUUCCAUCCAUACGUCUGAGUUCUCAGACUCAGAAUAAUGAUAGGCUUGCACACAACCAAAGAAUACAGUCUUUUGGGAGUCUACCUUUCUAGCAGCUGUGUGUGCACUUUAGAUAUACUUUAGAUAUAGUAAGCAACAUGACCUGGUAUACACUCUUCAAAACAAGAUGUUGCAUUCAAGGGUCUAUCCUGUGGACACAUUUUAAAUAAAUGUCUGACACACACACUAUGUUGUACUCUUGAACUGAAAUGCCUACCUACUUCAAUUUUGUGUUUCAUGCAAAGUGAGCAAUUUAAUAACAAACACCUUUUGUAUUUCUUUUUUUUUUGUAAUUAUGUAUUGUUUUGAUGCAUUUAUUUUAUUGAAGUUGUGAUGCACUUCAGGGCUUCUGUCCUGCAACGUCAGGAACAUUUCAGUUAGCAUAAUCAGCACACACAGUACAGUAUGUUUAAGAAAGUCGGCACACCAAAUUGAAGAGGGCAUGUAUUGCCAAAAGAGGACUUGUUUCAAAUGUAUUUUUUUUUCCAUUCUGUUGACCCUGUGUUUCAGAUGUUUGUUAUACAACACCAUCAGUUGUUUCUAUUAAAGUAAGCAAAGCGUGUGCAAGUGACUUGUGACAAUGACAUUUUUCGCUUUUGUACGUAAAUUAUCACAACCUACAGUGUAUAUUAUCAGAAAAUGCUACACUAAAAGAAAGCUUAGUGUGAUUGUUGUGGUGACAUUACCGACCAAAUUACAUAAGGCUGAAAUGAAUUGAAUUAAAAUUUUCAAAUGAAGAAAAUAAAGCCAUUUGGCCUACCAAAGUAACCUUUGUCAUAGCAUUGUCCCACUGAUGAUAAAAGAAGCAGUCUUGCCUACAGGCUGGGACUUUUUAUAAUGUGGCUGGGGGAACAACCAGGCCAUUUACUAAUAUGCACCUUACCACGUUGCUUGGGAGUCAUUUUGUUUUUAACACCGAUCAGUAGGUAGUCCUCUCUACCUGUUUUAUCCUUACCUGUAGCCUGGUCUGUCUAAGUUCCCAGUAUCUGCAUUAGUAAACUUGUAAAACCUAGAUUAAGUUUAGUUUUCUACUAAUAGUAGGGGGAAGGUUUCGGUUUUUGUGCUAUAGAAAUCUGAUACUGUUUCCUUUUAGUACGUGAUUGAUGGCUUCAUCAGAGUAGAAUGGUACUCGAAUAAUGAUACAAUCAUGGCGGUGAGAAAUUAGCUGUACAUAUCGUAGUAAUACUAAAAUAUCUGCCAUAGCUUGUGAAAGAUUGUAAUAAGAGCCUUGCAUAAAUCAUUCGUGCCUGCGAUUAAACCCGCAAGUAAACUGCACUUUGCCACUAUCUGUGAAACCUACACUUGCUACUUUAUUGGAGGUGGAUCAGUCCUAAAGGAGCAGUGGUUUCUUGCCAUGUUUUAUAGAACUAAUAGCCAAAAAAAUCUUAAGGCUGUAUGAAUUAUGGAACACUCAGUCAUAACAUCAUAAGAAACUUAAGUAGACAAAUCGGUUUAAUAAAGGCAUAGCCGAAACCUUGUCAGUUUGAUGGAGGGGUUAAUUCCAUCCUGCUCAGUCCUAUUUCCACACAGGACAAAAAUGCCAAAUAUCUGUACAAGUGGGAUCAUGUGAUAAGCACUUAAUUUAAAACACAUUUAUAUUAUACCUCUGGAAAAUGUGAUUGACUUAAUAACUGAAUAUGUUUGUCCAAAAGUAAUGUUUACUGAUAUGUUUUUAGUUUUGUUUUUUAUGCUAAGCUUUGUCAUCUGAAAUGUAGGUGUUUUUUUCUUUUUUUUUUCUGUAAAGAAUGUCUUAAAUUUCAAAUAUGAGGGUGAGAACAGAUAAUUGAUUCUGAUUCUUUUAAAAUGACGAUCUCACUUGACGGGCUUGAUGCAUUGUUCAACAUAAGGCUGUAGUUAAUUUAUACAAUCUCUUUUUACAUGUUUAAACUUGUCAAAAUAAGCUUCAUAAUGUAGCGUAUAAAAAAAUCAUGAAACUGUUUCAGCUAUGCAAGUAAAGUAUAUAUAAUUUGUUGGUUAUAUGUCUGAUAAAAUUUGCCUCCUAUUUUUUCCAUGCUAAGUACUCACAUUUAUAAUGCACUUAAUAAGCAUUAAGGUAAAAUAUUGAUCAAAAAAUAUUUAAUAGUAUUUUGUUUAUAUUGUUUUAGCCAAGCUUGCAAGAGAGCUUCCCUUGUGUUCCAGAAUAAUAAUGAGAAUAAAAAUAUUUCCCAACUGUCUUAUUUUCUGUAUUGUUAUAGAAAUCAAUAAACACAUUCUGGGGAAACAUAUUUCAGUGA